AUGGCUCCACAACAAGACAAGACAUCAACGGAAGCAUCAACUGCUGUGACACUGACCAUCAAUGACCACACAUACACAGUGGGACCCGAGGUACCAUCUGGGACCCGACUAGUGGACUUACGACACAAGAUUCAGCUUGUGGGGACCAAGACUCUUUGUCGUGAGGGAGGCUGUGGUUUGUGUACUGUCGUGGCCACCGUACCUGACCAUGAAACUCCUGGUCGAACUAAAACCAUCAGUGUCCAGGCCUGCCAGGCACUGCUGUACUCGUGCCAUGGAUGGUCCAUCAGUACCAUAGAGCACCUGGGUUCUAGGUACGAUGGGUACCACCAGCUACAGAAAGCUCUACACGGCUUCUAUGGUACACAGUGUGGAUACUGCUCUCCUGGGAUGAUCAUGACUAUGUAUGGACAGAUGUCCACCAGUGGGACGCUGACAGCUGCACAGGUGGAGAAGUCCCUGGACGGAAACAUCUGUCGGUGUACUGGUUAUAGGCCUAUACUGGAUGCCUUCAAGUCCUUGGCUGUAGACGGUGACCCGGCCUUGAAGGAGAGACUUACUGACAUUGAGGAAGCAUACAAAGAUGGCUGCCACAAGACAGGAGAAUGCAAGGGUAAGUGUGGAAGGAAGCAGCCUGGAGGGAUGUGCACUCACAGCAGUAAACUCGCCACCAGGCCAGCCUUGGUCCCUGUCCUCAAUGGUCCAUUCCUGACUGUAGACUCGGUCCGCUGGUACCAUCCAGUCACUUUACAAGGGAUCUACAAUGCUUUGCAGACACUGGGGAAGAAUGAGAAGUUCAGGCUAGUGGUUGGCAACACUGGACAAGGUGUGUUCAAGAAUGACGGACCGUACACUGCGUACAUAGCGACCAGCGGCGUCAAGGAACUGUACACCGUGAACAACCAGUCACCCCUUGAACUGGGAGCCAACGUCAGUCUGACCAGAGCGAUAGAAGUAUUCCAGCACCUGGCGACUAGUGACCCUGGUUACUUGUACCUUAAAACCCUGGCUGACCACUGGCAGGUGGUGGCUAAUGUAUCAGUCAGGAAUGCUGGUUGUUGGGCUGGUAAUCUGAUGAUGAAACACACUCAUCCUGGAUUCCAGUCAGACAUAUUCCUCACCUUGCUGGCUGCUGAUGCUGAACUAACCAUUGGCGACUCCAGUGAUGCUUCCAUCACUCAUGUGAACCUGGAACAGUUCCUCAAGACUGAUAUGUCAAGGAAAGUUAUACUUUCCAUCUCUCUGCCACCUGCAACUGCGAACACCAAGCUACGGACCUUCAAGAUCACACCGAGGGCUGUCAAUGCACAUGCAUACGUCAAUGCUUGUUUUAAGAUGGAAUUGAAUGCUGGAGAUGGCUUCAAGGUCCUCACGAAACCCACUCUCUUAUUGGGAGGAAUUAACCCCCAGUUUAUACAUGCUGCCAAGACUGAGAAUUUCUUGCUUAACAAGAAAGUGAGUGAUGUUAAGACACUGUUGGAUGCUGCUAAGAUUAUGGAGAGGGAGAUAAUACCAGACAGCCAUCCACAAGAUGCUUCGCCAGAGUACCGCAAGUCUCUAGCCGUCUCUCUGUUCUAUAAGACAGUGGUGGGGUUCCUGGGUGAGAAAGUCAGUCCCAGGUUCCAGAGUGCCGGACCCAACAUUGUACGACCACUUUCAUCUGGUCGACAGAGUUUUGAUAUGAACCAGGAGACCUGGCCAGUAGGUGAACCUGUACCGAAGCUGGAGUCAGCAAUACAGAUAUCAGAUCGCACAGCAGCAAGUAAUUUCCCUGCUGAAUUGCAGGAAAUUUUUUGUGAGGGUUUGACUGAGCCAUGGAAAGUGUUUAAUGCUGAUGAGACAAGUGUGCACAAAGAUGUUAACAAAACUUGCAUCAGUCAGCAAGAGAAAAGUGCUCCAGGAUUCAAGGUGCAGGAAAUAGUUCAGCUGGCAAGAUUAUUACCAGGUGAUGGCUUUGAAGAUGUGAAGGAAGAUGUGAAUGAUCUCUUAGAAGAUGAUGAAGACAAGUCCAGAGGAAAUCUACGGACCUUCAAGAUCACACCGAGGGCUGUCAAUGCACAUGCAUACGUCAAUGCUUGUUUUAAGAUGGAAUUGAAUGCUGGAGAUGGCUUCAAGGUCCUCACGAAACCCACUCUCUUAUUGGGAGGAAUUAAUCCCCAGUUUAUACAUGCUGCCAAGACUGAGAAUUUCUUGCUUAACAAGAAAGUGAGUGAUGUUAAGACACUGUUGGAUGCUGCUAAGAUUAUGGAGAGGGAGAUAAUACCAGACAGCCAUCCACAAGAUGCUUCGCCAGAGUACCGCAAGUCUCUAGCCGUCUCUCUGUUCUAUAAGACAGUGGUGGGGUUCCUGGGUGAGAAAGUCAGUCCCAGGUUCCAGAGUGCCGGACCCAACAUUGUACGACCACUUUCAUCUGGUCGACAGAGUUUUGAUAUGAACCAGGAGACCUGGCCAAGGUGGAAUGUGUGGAUGACUUUCGUGAGAAUGAAUGCGUCAGACAAUCCAGGCCAACUAACAGUUUCGUUUGUGAAGGCUGGGCCUUUCCCUGACCCGAUUUUCGUGCAAGAUCGUGUUAAAUAUGCAGGUCAGCCUAUAGGCCUAGUGGUGGCCAAGGAUCGUGACACUGCUUAUCAUGCCGCUAAACUUGUCAUAGUCGAGUAUGAGGAUGUGAAGAAACCAAUAUUGACCAUUAAAGAUGCUCUCAAGGCUGGCAAGAAACACACAUCCAUGAACUUCAUCACAAACACCAGAGAACCAUACACACUAGGCAAUGCUGAAGAAGCAUUGAAGACAGCUGCCCACACACUGACAGGAGAGCUGUCUCAAGGUUCUCAGUACCACUUCAACAUGGAGCCUCACUCUGCCCGGGUAGUGCCUACUGAGGACGGGUAUGAUGUCUACAGCACCACUCAGUGGCCAACUGAAACACAGGCCACUACUGCCCAGGUCCUAGGAAUAGCAACCAAUAGCAUCAAUGUGUCUGUACGGCGUAUUGGGGGUGGCUAUGGUUCCAAGAUCAGCAGACAACAUAUUGUAUCAACAGCAGCAGCAGUGGCAGCCAGGAAGGUGAAGCAGCCAGUACGUGUAGUGACUGACCUCACUACUAACAUGACCUACGCUGGCUGGCGUGAACCCUUCCUCUCAAAGUACGAGGUCGGAUUUGAUGGUAAUGGGAAAAUCGAAGGAGCCAAGAUAGAGUUGAUCGCCGACACCGGACACGUCUCUAACGAGUCCGCUGUCAGCUUCCUAUUUGGUGCCGUCCAGAAUGCGUAUUAUAUUCCCAACCUGACUUUCACUCCAUCCAUGGUGAACACUGACACUGCUGCCAACACCUACUGUAGAACACCAGGUCACGUUGAGGCAGUGGCGACCAUUGAGAACAUAAUGGAACACAUUGCCAGCUACCUCAAGGUGGACAAGAUGCAGGUACGACUGAACAACAUGGUCGCUCCCGGCGUACCUCGCAUGUUUGUUCCGCCGCACCAGAAGAAUGUUGUUAAGGAUGAAAUUCUUCCACUGCUGACGACUCAGGCAUCCAUUGUUCAGCGACAACGAGAAGUGGACGACUUCAACAAGUCAAGGACUUACUGUAUUUCUUUCCACAGAAAAAACAAAUGGAAGAAGCGAGGACUUUCCAUCCUGCCAAUGUGGUACGGCUUCGACUACCCUUCAAUGUUCCGCUACGGUAUCCAGGUUACCAUAUAUGAGCACGAUGGUACCGUGGCCAUCUCUCACGGUGGUAUAGAGAUGGGACAAGGUAUCAAUACUAAGGUGGCACAGGUGGCAGCCUAUGUGCUUGGCAUACCUCUGGAAAACAUCGUGGUCAAGGCUUCCGACACCAUGGUGGGUGCCAACUCCAUGGUCACUGGCGGCUCCUUUGGCACUGACCUCUGUGCUCAUGGAGUGAGGGUCGCCUGUACAUCACUGCGUCAACGACUGGACGUAGUGAAGGAGAAGAUGAAGAAGGAAACAGGGAAAGACCCAACAUGGUUACAGUUAGUGAAGAAGUGUCAUGCUGAAGAUGUGGACUUGUCUCAACGUUACUGGACUGCCGGUAAGGAACAUCCUGAGCGCUACGACAUCUGGGGAGCUGCGGCCCUGGAGCUAGAAAUUGAUGUUCUAACUGGCGUCUUUGUGAUCCGACGAGCGGACAUUAUAGAGGACUCAGGUCGGAGCAUGAGUCCGUAUAUUGAUAUUGGCCAAGUUGAAGGAGCUUUUAUCAUGGGUAUUGGAUUCUAUACCUCAGAGAUGGUCAAAUAUGAUCCUAACACAGGCCAGAAGCUCUCUAAUGGUACCUGGGAAUACAAGCCUCCUAUGGCCCUGGAUAUUCCUGCAGACUUCAGAAUUACACUUCUACCCAAUGCUAAGAAUCCUUAUGGUGUUCUUGGUUCUAAAGCUACUGGGGAGCCUCCGUUAUGUCUGUCUUAUGCUGUGGUGACAGCGCUGCGCCAGGCCAUCACAGCCUUCAGACAGGAGAACGGUGACAGCUCCUGGUUCCAGAUGGACACUCCCAUCACAGUGGAGAAAGUUCAUCAGUGGUGUGGUGUGAAACACUUCCCAGUUCCAGCUUUAUGAAUAAUUGUAGAUCACCAUCACAGUGGAGUGUUCAUCAGUGGAGUGUUCAACAGUUCACCUGCACUAUUAACCUGGAAAAAUUAAACCUAGUGUUAUAUAACCUUAAUCACAAAUAAUUUUCCAUUUACACAGUUCAUUUUAGCUAUUAAUACUACAUAUAAAAGGAAAAUUUCAACACUGGCCAUAUCCCACUGAGGCAGGGUGAUCUAAAAAGAAAAACGUAAGUUUUUUCUUUUUAAAUUUAGUAAUUUAUACAGGAGAAGAGGUUACUAGCCCCUUGUUUCAGACAAUUAUAUAAUAUACACCUACCAUCCAACUUACGACCUGCUCGACUUACGACCACCUGACUUACGAUCAUGUUUUUUAUGCCAAAUUUCUGGGAAAUAAACAACUAUUUGUGUUGUACACAGCCUUUAUCCUAAACCUUACAGUAUAAAAUACAGUACUAACAACAUAAAAAGUAAAGUAAAACAUGAAAUACCAAAAUAAAACAAAAUAGUCAUUGUUAUGGGGAUAUAGGACCCAACAUGUAUUUAUAAGUAACAGUUACUAUAAUAAUACCUAAUUAUAUUGAAUUGAUGGGGACUUUGCUCUAAAUGUCAGAAGGACUGAUCAACCUUAUGACUGAGAGGCAGCUGGGUCAAACCUAUUUUUCUCAAUAUAAUAGGUUAUACUAUAGACACAUAAACACACAAUUUAAAUAAGUAGUUUAUAAAGUUGUAUUUCUUUUUGUAAAAGUAAAAUUAAGGUGUGGUAGAAUUGUGGUAACUGGAGAAUUGUGCUUGGCAACAGUCUUUUGUUUUGGUGGGAGGAGCUUAGCCAGUCUCCCUCUCUCUCCCUCUCACUGACUCUCUCUCUCUGUGGCUGACCUUCAACCUGGCAGGAUCUCUGGGUCCUUCUCCUAUCUUUUGGGGCAUCAUGUGUGCUCCAGGGGUGAGUUUUUAUAAUUUAAGUUUUGGCCACCAUACCCAGGGUGACUAAAGUGUGUCAAAACACUGGUUAGCCCAGAGUUAUGUCAGGAAGAGUGAAGGACAAGAGUUGUUGCAACACACCAUGUGGAGCACAGGCAUGGAGUGUGUAGAUUUUGUUUUGAAAAUGGAGGCUGUGAUUGUAUAUUCUGUACAUAUCUAUUGAGAAUACAGUUAUAUUUUUAUA